GACCCGGGCAUUCGCGCCGCCGCCUCGGUGGACAGAGCUCGGCCUGACCGCCCGUCCGCCCGUCCGCAGCGCCGUGACCAUGCCCCGUGGGAGCCGCAGCGCCGCCGCCCGGCCGGCCAGCCGCCCCGCCGCCGCGACCUCCGCGCACCUGCCCGCGCGCCCCCCGCCCUCGGCCGCCGCUCCGGCCCCCGCCCCGUCGGGCCAGCCGGGCCUCAUGGCGCAGAUGGCAUCCACGGCCGCGGGGGUGGCCGUGGGCUCCGCGGUGGGACACGUCGUGGGCAAUGCGCUGACCGGAGCCUUCAGCGGGGGCAGCUCGGAGCCCGCCCAGCCCGCGGUUCAGCAGGCCCCUGCCCGUGCUGGCCCUCAGCCCCUGCAGCUGGGGCCCUGCGCCUAUGAGAUCAGGCAGUUCCUGGACUGCUCCACCACGCAGGGGGACCUGUCCCUGUGUGAGGGCUUCAGCGAGGCUCUGAAGCAGUGCAAGUACAACCACGGUCUCAGCUCCCUGCCCUGAAGAGGCUGCAGCAGCCUUGUGCCCACCCGUGGGCCAGUCCUGUACCCCUCUGUACCCCCUCACCGGCAGCAGGAUGCUGAUAGCAGAUUGUACCCAAGGCACUGGGAUUGGGAGUGAGUUCCUUGUCCUAUAGAUGACCCGAGACACAAAUGUGCAAUUAAAAGAGUUUAUUUUAGACUGGAA